AUGUAGGAUUUCUACAGUGGCGUGGUCUUGGAAAAGCUGCUCGGUAGUCGAUUAAGUGGUCUAGUGUAGGAAGCUACUGGCUGUGAGAGUUGCGCAGCUGCCGUGCGCAUGCUGGCAUUUAGUUGAAGCAGCUUUAUACAUUUUCAUUGGAAAGAAAGGAAGGAGAGAGGCUAGGUAGAACUGAAACAAAAGUGUCUCCACUCAAACAUUUGCGUCUAGGAUCUUAGCAUGUCUUCUGAAGAGCUGUAUGAGGUGGAGCGAAUAAUUGACAAGAAAAGGAACAAAAAAGGGAAAAUAGAAUAUUUGGUUCGAUGGAAAGGCUACGAUAGUGAUGAUGAUACAUGGGAACCAGAACAGCAUUUAGUGAACUGUGAGGAAUAUAUUAAUGAUUUCAAUAGACGGCAUGGGGAUAAACAGAAAGACUCUCCUAUAACUAGGACUAAUAAAAUCUCUCCAAAUGGUGCCAGAAAACAGAUUUAUAGAUCAACUAAUAGCACUUUAUCAAAAACGUCUAAAUCAUUAGGGUCUGGCAAAGAGAGUGAACCCAGGCACAACCACUUGUUGACUAAUCACCAGAAGUUACGCAAAACCAGUCCACAGAGCAUUUCUAGUAGAAGAAGCAUGGAACUUGUAAAAUCUGGUAUUAAAAUUCUAGUUCCCAGGAGUCCCGUUAAACAAAGGACAGCAGUUGAUGGUUUUGAAAAUGGAAGCAAAAAUAGUUUGGACUCUCUAGAGCAAGACAAAGAAUGUUUAACACCAGAAGCAGUGACUGAAAAGCCAGUUGGUACAGUGCUUGGACGUGGAACAGAAAGGGCAAGAAUGGGAAGCAGGCCAAGGACACAGCCACUAGUGCCACAAUUAAAUGUGCCAGUAUCUCCAACAGUGGUGCCAGCACUAACUGUUAAUGGAAAAAGUACGUUAACAUUCAUGGAAACAUUAACAGCAAAUGGACCAACAAACAUUCAGACAGCUGUAACGAAUGUCACAGCAAAUAAAAGGAAAUUUGACGAAAGGAGAGACCAGCCGUUUGAUAAAAGACUGCGCUUCAGUGUGAGACAGACAGAGAGUGCUUAUCGGUAUAGGGACAUUGUUGUAAAAAAACAAGAUGGGUACACACACAUAUUGCUUUCUACAAAGUCAUCAGACAACAAUUGUUUGACUCCAGAUGUGAUGAAGGAAGUCCAGAGUGCCCUGAGUACAGCUGCUGCUGAUGACAGUAAACUGGUGGUGUUGGGUGCAGUUGGAAGUGUCUUUUGCUGUGGUCUUGAUUUUAUUUAUUUUAUUCGUCGGCUAACUGAUGAUAGAAAAAGAGAAAGCAUUAAAAUGGCUGAUGCGAUCAGGACUUUUGUGCAAACAUUUAUUCAGUUUAAGAAACCAAUCAUAGCUGCUGUCAAUGGUCCAGCUGUUGGUCUUGGAGCAUCAAUAUUACCUCUAUGUGAUGUGGUAUGGGCAAAUGAAAAAGCAUGGUUCCAGACACCGUACACUACAUAUGGACAAACCCCCGAUGGCUGCUCAUCACUCACAUUUCCUAGGACAAUGGGACUGGCUUCUGCGAAUGAAAUGCUGUACAGUGGGCGAAAACUUACUGCACAGGAAGCAUGUGCGAAAGGAUUAGUAUCUCAAGUUUUCUGGCCUGGAACAUUUACACAGGAAGUUAUGGUCCGAAUUAAAGAGUUGAGCCUAUGUAACCCAGUUGUACUUGAAGAAUCAAAAUCCCUAGUGAGAAGUUCCAUGGUGAAUGACUUGGACCAAGCAAAUGACAAGGAAUGUGAAGCUUUAAAGAAAAUCUGGGGUUCUGCACAAGGAAUGGACUCUAUGCUCAAAUACUUACAGAAAAAAAUUGAUGAAUUUUGAAUAAAACUCAGUGCCAUACAUUAAAUUCACAGGCUGGCUGGCUGGCUGGGAUCGGACUUCAACUCAGAAAACCUACCAGUUCUUCUGAAGACAUUUAGAGCUUUGUUAUAAAAGCAAGCCAUUGUUCCUUAAUUAUUAUACAAAAACUAUAACUUGAAAGCAUGAGGACAUGCAGUGCACUACAAAACUUCCAUCAUUAUUUAAGUCUUUGGUUGGUUUUUCAAGUGAUCAAUUCGGAACAGUAGAUCUUCAGUAGGAUGUUUAAAGAAAAACGGGUAACAGUCUACCCUCACCCUUUAUCCCCACUGCCUAACAUUAAGUUGAACUCUAAAUUUCAGCAACUCCAAGUUCUGAAGAUCGCAUUAUGAUAUUGUUUACUUACCUCAAAGCAGAAAGUUGUCAGUGGAUAUCAUGGAUGUGACCCUUGCGUCUAGGGAAAGUCCUUUGGUUAUUCUUUAUUUGGAAAAGCUAGUUAACCAGUGUAUAUAUGUAUGCUCAGGAUUUGUGAUAACAUAUACUUGACCCUUUCUGGUAGAGAUUCAUUUCUUGUCCUGUUAGGAAAAAACACGGGCUGUUAGGGAGGAAAAAAUGUUUGCAGUAUUAGUGCAUCACUGUAUAUUUUGUGCCUGAAUGCCUACAUUGUAUUUCAGUGGUUUUUGAAACAAUUUCCUUUAUUCUUUUAAGAACAUAUACUCUACCAGUAUUGCUGGUGAAAAUAGUUUUUCCUUUUGCUAAGGUUAUUGGAGCAUUACACCAAAAAACUGUUUUGCAUUUAUACUUAAAUGUGUUGGUUCACAUACAUUCUUAUUUAAUAAGUUAAGGGAAAUGUAGCACAGUAUAAAAGGCGUUUUUUCCCCAAAGUUUACCAUUUUUUUUAGAUAUACACUGUUUGCUGUUUUACAUUAUAUGCUACAUAUUGAUUUCAUAUUAUAUGGUAAAUGUAGCUGCAUACUCACAUAUAGCAUAUAAUGCUGAGAGCCUCUUUGUAAAUAGGUAAAUGUUUUGUAUUCCUUAUAGGAGUGGAUAGUUUCCUUGUGUCAGAUUUCCACAUCUACUUAAGUAUCUUUGUUACCUUAAAUGUAUGUAUGAUGAAUGACAAACUAAAACAUUAUUUUUGUACAGCUGAGGAGUUUUUACUUGGAAAUGACCACCUCUCUGAAUUUCUGCAAAGUUGAACAAUCUGCCUUUACUUUGGAUUGAUACAAUAUUUGCAUCUGUGGAAUCGAUUUUUGUUAAGUAGUUGAAUUAUAUAUAAAUUGUACAACAUGUAAAGUUUUAUAGAACAAAUAAUAUUCAGCUGUGAAAACUGUUUAAAAUAAAACUAUUUCUUAAUA